AUGACCUACGAUUGGUUCCGCUCGUUAGGUAGUCCUAGAUAUGUGGUGGCGCCUAUGGUUGACGCCAGUGAACUUGCCUGGAGGCUUUUAUGCAGAAGACAUGGAGCACAACUCUGUUACACUCCUAUGUUUCACAGUAAUGUCUUUACUAAAGAUCAUAAGUACAGAAAAGAUAAUUUAAUUACUUGUGAAGAAGACCGCCCUUUAAUCGUGCAGUUCUGUGGCAACAACCCAGAGGUUUUGGCGGCAGCAGCGAAACUGGCAGAGCCGUAUUGCGAUGCAAUUGAUAUCAAUCUUGGUUGUCCACAAUCAAUAGCGAAACGGGGAAGAUACGGCUCUUUUCUUCAGGAUGAUUGGGAGCUUUUAAAAAACAUUGUUUCAGCUAUGUCAAAGGCUGUAUCAGUGCCAAUAACAUGUAAAAUAAGAAUAUUUGAAGAUAUAGAAAAGUCAGUUCAAUAUGCCCUAAUGCUGCAGAAUGCUGGGUGCAAGUUAUUGACUGUGCAUGGCAGAACGAGGGAGCAGAAAGGUCCUCUUACUGGAAUAGCUAGUUGGGAACAUAUUAGGGCUGUUAAAGAAGCAAUAUCUUUACCAAUGUUUGCAAAUGGUAACAUCCAGUGCUUAGAAGAUGUGUACAGAUGUUUAACCUUUACUAAAGUAAAUGGGGUGAUGAGUGCAGAAGGCAUACUCACCAACCCUGCAUUAUUUGAAGGAAUCAAUGCUGUAACAUGGGAAAUAGCAGAAGAGUACUUGGAUAUAGUUGAAAAGUACCCUUGUCCCACGUCAUACAUAAGGGGUCAUUUGUUUAAGAUAUUCCAUAAAAUAUUUACCUUUGAGGAAAAUAAUGAAGCAAGGCAUAUUUUAGCAACAGCUCAGAAUCUUCAUGAUUUCAGACAAGUAUGUAUGAAAAUUAAAGAAAAAUACCUACCAUACCAUGAAGGUAAAAUUCAAUAUGAAUGCAACACCCUGACUAGAGAACAAUUUAGUUUGAUUUUACCUCCGUGGAUUUGCCAACCUUACGUUAGGAUGUCACCAGAAGAACAUACAAAGAAAAUGGAAAAUUUAUGUAAGAAUCAGGAGCACAAUAUUGAAAAUAAAAGAAUUCAUGAAGAUUCAGGUGGUAAUACAAUCUCAAGGAAGAAAAUGAAAAAGCUGCAAAAGAUCAUGAGGCGUAAUAAUCAUAAAACUGAUGUAGAACUGCAGCAACAGGCAAUAGGAAGAACUGGUGAAAUAUGUACAGAUGUUAUUUGUGCUAAUCCAAUGGGAGGAAAGUGCAUCUACAAACUUUGUAAAAAGUGCUGUAAAAAUAAAUGUUAUGAAGAAAAUCUGGAUUGCCAAGGUCACAGAAUUCUCGUCAAGACAAGGCGAGAGAUGGCAAAGAAAUUCGCGAUAAACAAGACAACUGAUAAAUGACACGUGACUGAUAAUGUAAAAGUUAGGUACAGUCAGAAUCAAAAUAACCUAAGCAUCAAACUGUGGGCCGUGAGACAUUUCGCACAUGAAAUCAAAUACUGGCGUAAUUAAAAAAUGAUGGAAUUGAGAAAAACACGAUUUGAAAGUUAAAAAAAUUACUGAAUGGAACCAAUAAAUUUAUUAUCUCGUUUAUAAGUGGAUAAAUAUUUUUUAUGAAUAAAUAAAAAUAAUCCCUUUAUUCGCAAUAAGAUUAAUUCAGUUUUUUUUAUUAUUUUCAAGACGUGUUUUUUUUAAUUCCAUAAUUUUUGAGUUAUGAUUAUUAUCCUACCA